AUGGAAGAAGUCCUGACAAUCGGUCUUCAUUUAACCAUCUCUCCGGCUUAUUUGCUAUACUAUGUUGGACCUAUUCUGGGAAAUAUCUAUUACAACGAACUACGCUCCGGAUACGACUUGAUGAGAGCAAGUAUCGACCUCAUGAGAAGUAUAUCCAGAAUUGGGUGUGAGCAAGUCCCGGAUCAGCUUCUGAUAUUCCCUCCUCGGAUGUAUCUUGCUCGGUAUUAUUUCCGCCAAGGCAGCGAAGAAGCUGCUCGCACCGCGGUUGGCAAUGGUCCGCAAGAUGAUGAUUUGUCCAAUAAUAUAUGGGCAUUCAUAAAAAUUUACAAAAUAACAGCUCUGUCCAUUGAUAAAGAGAACGCGGCCAUGACUUAUGCAAUGAUGGCAUUUGGCUGUACCGCUUGGGAGAAAAGCCAGAAGUCGUUGGAAGAGAGCUCCGAAGAGAUCCCAGACAAAGUGGAGCGAAGAUGGCAAUGCGAAAGUACAUGUGGUGCCUGUGGUUUGAGUGGCGAAAGGCCCGGUGGUUUGUGGGUUUGUGCAGACUGUAUUGAAAUCAACCUGUGCAAUGGCUGUCAGGAAAAGUUAAACACGGGUGAAUUCGUGAAGAAUGUUUGCGAUGCGAGCCAUCAAAGAUUCUUCUUUGACGAGUGGUAUCCAGAGAGGCGGGAUAAAGUUCCUGUGGGUUAUGUUCCAUGGCGGAAUAAGGAUAUCACCAUGGAGGACUGGAAGAAUGUUCUUCGCGAGAAGUAUCUACCAAGGUGUUGA